UAUUUCUUCACCAUCUUACCCGCCAAAAGACCUCCAUGGCCAAAUUAUAUCCGAUUCAACACCUCCACCUCUUCAAUUCUAACACUACCCUCCAUCAAAACCCACACUGUCACCACCAAAAACACUUCACUAGUUCACCGACUUCUCUUGCUCUUGCUACUACUGACGCCCCUCUUCAAACCACUCCACUCUCUAAUUCUUCUCUUCAACCCUUUCCAUUGACUUCGGAUAUUUGCUUCUUAAAUGAAACAAAUGAAUUCGGAAGUUUGGAUUCGGUUAAAUUAAAGCAUGCCCAGAUGAUAAAAAUGAGCAAGAAUGGGGAUUCAGAAACAAUAGCUAAAAUUUUGAUGUUGUAUUACUUGGAGUUUGGUGAUUUUGGAUCCGCUGUCAAGAUUUUCUUUGUGGAUUUUUUGAAGAACUAUACAGAAUGGAGUUCUUUCUUGAAAGAAUAUGAGAGUUUCGGGGGAAAAGUGCAUCAAGUUCCUGAGGUGUUCAGUGAGUUGAAUAGUAAAGGAGUAAUGUUUGAUAGUAGAGUUCUUACAAUGGUUUUGAAGAUUUGCACUAGUGCAAUGGCAUUUUGGGAAGGUGCGGAGGUUCAUGCUAGUUUGAUCAAGAGAGGGCUAGAUUUCGAUGCGUAUGUGAAGUGUGCGUUGAUGAACUUUUAUGGGAGAUGUUGGGGUGUAGGAAGUGCUAAUGAAAUAUUCAACGAAGUAUCAAUUCGAGAAGAUUUAUUGUGGAACGAGGCAGUCCUGGUAAACUUGAGGAAUGAACAAUGGGCCAAGGCCUUUGAAUUGUUUCGAGAAUUGCAGUUUUCUUUUGCAAGAGCUUAUAGCAGAACAAUUGUGAAGUUACUGCAAGCAUGUGGAAAAGUGGGAGCUCUCAAUGAAGGGAAGCAAAUACAUGGGUAUGUUCUAAAAUUUGCAAUGGACUCAAAUUUGCUAAUAUCUAAUUCCUUGAUUAGCAUGUAUUCUAGAAAUAGCAAGCUUGGACUGGCUAGGACAGUUUUUGAUUCGAUGAAAGAUCGUGAUUUAUCUUCAUGGAACUCGAUGAUUUCGAGUUAUACUGCCCUUGGUUGUGCGAAAGAUGCUUGGGAUCUUUUCAAUCAAAUGGAUUCAUCCAAUGUAAAACCUGAUAUAAUAACCUGGAACUGCCUACUGUCUUGCAAUUUUCUUCAUGGUUCACAUACGGAAACCCCGACCGUUUUGCAUAGAAUGCAGAGUUUGGGUUUCAGGCCAAAUGCAAGCUCUGUCUCUAGUGUUCUUCAAGCUGUUACCGAAUUGGAGUACUUGAAAUAUGGGGAAGAAAUUCACGGCUAUAUAAUAAGAAACGGACUUGACUACGAUGUAUAUGUAGGAACUUCGUUGAUAGACAUGUAUGUGAAGAAUGAUUGCUUAGAUAGUGCUAGGAAAACUUUUGAUAAUGUGAAGAACAGGAAUGUUGUUGCUUGGAAUUCAUUAAUAUCAGGUUAUAGCUUCAAAGGUCUUUUUGAUGAUGCUAAAAUGUUAUUGAAUCAGAUGAAAGAGGAAGGAAUUGAACCUGAUUUAGUAACAUGGAAUAGUCUGGUCACGGGAUAUUCAAUUUGGGGUCAGAACAAGGAAGCUUUGGCAGUGAUUAAUCAAAUAAAAGACUCGGGAUUGGAUCCUAAUGUGGUUUCAUGGACUUCUCUAAUAUCAGGCAGCUCACAAAACGAAAAUUAUCGGGAAUCCUUUGAAUUUUUCAUCCAAAUGCAGGGAGAAGGAAUCAAGCCAAACUCUGCCACCAUCUCCAGCUUACUUCGAACUUGUGGAGGCCUAGGUCUGUUGCCAAAGGGUAAAGAGAUACACUGCUUCUCCAUAAAAAAUUAUUUCAUUGAAGAUGCAUAUAUAGUCACAGCACUAAUUGACAUGUACAGCAAGUCUGGGAAUUUAAAAAGUGCAGAAGUGGUUUUCAGGAAGAGUGUAAAUAAAAUAUUAGCUUCUUGGAAUUGCAUGAUUAUGGGGUUUGCAAUUUACGGCCAUGGGAAAGAGGCGAUUUCACUUUUUGAUGAGAUGUGUGGAGCAGAUAUACAACCAGAUGAUAUAACCUUCACAGCUCUCCUUUCUGCUUGCAAGAACUCGGGUUUAGUCGAUGAAGGAUGGAAAUACUUUGAUUGUAUGAGCACAGAUUAUAGUAUAAUGCCCACAAUAGAGCACUACUCAUGCAUGGUGGAUCUUCUGGGAAAAGCUGGUUAUAUUGAUGAAGCUUGGGACUUCAUUCAAACAAUGCCAAUCAAACCAGAUGCUACUAUUUGGGGUGCUCUUCUUGGAUCUUGUCGAGUCCAUAGAAACUUGGAGUUUGCAAAGAUUGCAGCAAAGAAACUUUUUAAGUUAGAACCGCAUAAUCCUGCGAAUUACGUUUUGUUGAUUAACCUGUAUGCUAUGUCAAACAGAUGGGAGGAUGUUGAACGUGUUAAAGAUUUGAUGAAUGAUGCGGGGGUGAAAAAUGGGCCGGUAUGGAGUUGGGUUCAAAUUGAUCAGAUUGUUCAUGUGUUCUCUGCCGAAGGGAAACCUCAUCCAGAGGAGGGGAAAAUAUAUUUCGAGUUAUAUCAGUUGGUUUCUGAAAUGAAGAAACUUGGGUAUGUGCCUGACAUCAACUGUAUACAUCAAAACAUUGAUGAAGUAGAGAAGGAGAAGGUAUUGUUGAGUCAUACAGAGAAAUUGGCCAUCACUUACGGACUGAUGAAGAUGAAAAGCACGGCUCCCAUCAGAGUAAUCAAGAACACGAGAGUUUGUUCUGAUUGUCAUACUGCAGUAAAAUACAUGUCUUUAGUUCGAGGCCGAGAGAUUUUUCUAAGGGACGGGCUUCGAUUUCACCAUUUUAGAGAAGGGAAGUGUUCCUGCAAUGAUUGUUUGCAAUAAGAGAGCAUUCUGUGAUUACGUAUUUUAAGGAUGUUAAGUCUUUUAGAGAUGAUAGA